CAGGUCAGUGUUCACCCUGGAGGAGAUGGAGGCCCUGCUGCUGCUGGCCCUCUCCAUCCUGACCGAUGCCGGCUGCCAGGACUGGGGGGUGACCCUGCCCGUGGGCCCCCUGACCGGAUGGAGCGGCUCAUGCGUGAUGAUCCCUUGCUCUUACACCUACCCCGAGGGGCAGCUCGUCAGAGCCGUGACCUGGAGCCGGGACAAGGAGAGAAUUGUGCAGCUCACCGCAGCAGCGGGGCAGGGCUAUGACAAGGCCGAGCGCGCCCAGUUCCUGGGAGACCUGCACCACGACUGCACCCUGCGCCUCAACCCGCUGGCGCUCGGCGACGGGGGCGCCUACUCCUUUGAGUUCCAGACCCAGAGCCAAAGCUGGAGAAGCCCCCGAGCCGUGUGCCUCACGGUGUCAGAACAUCCCUGCAGGGUCAAAUAUAGCAUGGUUAGGGCCCCCAGAGCCCUGAACGGCAACUUGAUCUGCUCCAUCUCCGAGCGCUGCGCCUCCUCCGGCCUGCAUUGGUACGACGGAGCCGGCGCGCGGAUCCUGGAGGAAACUGAAGCUGGCAAAAGCAAUAGCGAGCUGAGCAUGCGCAUCAUCUGGCAGCAUCGGAGGGCGGCGCUGGAGUGCCGGGUGCAGGGCUACCGGAAUAGGUGCCUCCCCAAAGGGUCCCAGCCUCCAGCCACAGCCCCCACUGUGGUGCAUGUGGUGGCCACCCCGUGCCGGCUGGACACCAGCGCCUAUAGCGGAUUGGACUUCUCCUGGUACAAGGAUGGCGAGCGGCUGGGAUGGGCACAGGUGUUAUACCAAUAAAAAUUAGCAGGAUCUUAUU